AUGGCCGUACGGAACGCUUUCGUUCACGAUUCGAAUGAGAGUCGAAGUGGAAGGGAAGUGGAGGACCCUGGCAAGGAAUCGAAGGUUCCUUGUGUGCACUGUGGCGUGGCCCCUCCCUCGCCUACAGUGACAGCCUUGCCGCUUGUGGCCGAGGCCCGGAACGUGUGGGACGCAGAUGACACAGACCAGGCGACGCGUCAGUCGCUGACGGCCACGCACAAAGCAAGGCAAGCGUUGCGGCUAUGUAGUAGUAGGAUACGUAGGUAUACAGUAGCUCGGCGCGCGGAGAGAAGAGCGGGCGGCGGGCAGAACAGGGCAGAACAAGACAGGACAGGACAGAACAACACGCGGGACGGGGAUCGGGAGGCUACAUAUGCACAGAGAAGCACGGACGGGCGGGGAAGGGAAGGGAGGGGAGUAUUAGGGACAUAUGUGGCGGGGUACACGGACAGAGGGGCGGGGCGGGACGGGGCGGGGCGUGGAUAUUAAAGUGGAAGGGGGCUGGACGUAGGGUAUCGUGCGGGGCGGAUCAAGGGGUCGGAGAGGCGAGACGAGAGGGGGAGAGAUGGAGAGGAGAGAUGGAGAGAUGUGAGCUAGGCUACGUUAAUACUGCUGCUGCUACUAAGCGAGGAGAAAAUAUGAUCGAGGCGGGGUGUAUGUAUAGAUACUGUGGUAUAUAUAACGUGCUAGUUGAGUAUCGAGUACCUUAGAGUCAGGGAGCCAUCAAGAACGAAGGGGCGCGAGAGAGGCGCGCGCGAGGAAGGAGAAGAGAGAGGUGUUGCUUACGCUUAUGCGUUCGCUCACAGGGCCUGCACGACGAUCGUCGUGUCGUCCAUCCACGGCCUGUCCAUGUCAAGCGUCAGCAGCUGCGAAACGGUCACGAGGUCGUCGCCAAGUGCGUGCCGCAGGAGCGCGAGCGCGACGUUCUCCUCCG